GUUAAACCUCCCGCGAGGCGCCAACAUGUCGUCCAAGGGCGUCCCCAUUGAAGACGAAGAUUGGGACCACGCCGAGGUGGAGAUGUCUAGGAAGUUGUCCGAGAUGCAUGUGGAUGCGCAAGAUCCACCGUUAGCAGCGCAUGCCUCGGGGCCAUGGGGACCGCCAAGCACGCCGCAGAAGGCACCAUCGCCGCUUUCAGUGGACGGGCACCAACACCCUCCUCUUACAUCUGCGUCGUCGUCUGUGUCCAGCCCCGUGAGUCGUGCAACAGCGACUGCUGUGUCCUUGCUGUCUCCAUUGGACCCCGUUCUGGUGGCCGCGCUCGAGAACUCGCGCGAACGGCUCACCCUGCUUCAAUUCGAAGAUCAAAUCGUGACCUUUCUAAAAAAUCCGCGCGAGCACGAACUCGUGCUGCCGUCUCUGUCGUCGUACCAUCGCCUGAUCGUGCAUCGCCUCGCGGAACGCUGUCAUUUGGAGCACCAGACCGCCGACUAUUACCAUGCAACAGGCUACGACCCCAACGCCGUGCGUGUCGUGACUCUCUUCAAGACCCCUCGAUGCGCCGUGCCUUCGAUCUUGCUCAUCGACUUGGCCGCGGACACGGCGCCGCCCCUUCCGACCCACCACACCCCCGCGCAUCCCCCCAAGAUCAUGUCCCGGAAGAAAGGCGCUGGGACGGCCCACAAGCACCACAAGACGCCCGCUGCGUCCAGCGACCCUCGUUCCAUGCAGGACCGCGAGAAAGCGUAUGCCGAAGCCCGCGCGCGCAUUUUCGGCGACGAGGCCGCGCCGGACAAGGGCGUCGCGUCCGUCCCGCCGACAGCCUCUGCUUCCUCUGCAGCAGCCAACCAACCAUCGUCGACCAAGUCGCCUGCCGCGCCUUCCACCCGACCUACCCCCACCUCCAAACACCUCCAGCAACCGCAACAUGGCGCGACGACUCACCCACAUCAUCAUCAUGCUCCUCACCAGCAAGACUGGAAGCAAUCCAAGGCGCAAUACAGAGACCGGCAAAAGGAACUCAACGACCCGGACUUUGCGAGGCACCACCAGCCCCGCGGACCCCCCCCGUCGUACACGCAGUCAUACAACUCACCCCAGGCGCCGCGGUACCCGUCGUACGAGUACUACACCCCGCCUCCUCCUCCUCCCCCCGCCUCCCCAUUCCAAUCCGACGGCUACUACCGCCAGCCUCAACCUCCACGGGCAUCGAGUUACACCCAAGGCGGACGGAACCAACCGCCGCCGCCUGCCGGGCCGGCGACGUACUCGAUGGAUGCCGACUUUCCUCCACUCGGAUAACCGGACUAAUACUACCACACAACAACCCGC